CUAUCUGGAGCAGCCACGCUUGCGGAGCCAUCACCAUGCCUCUGGCUAGAGAUCUAUUACACCCUUCCUUGGAAGAGGAGAAGAAAAAACAUAAGAAGAGCCCAAAUUCUUACUUUAUGGAUGUGAAAUGUCCAGGUUGCUACAAGAUCACUACAGUUUUCAGCCACGCUCAGACCGUGGUUCUCUGUGUGGGUUGUUCAACUGUGUUGUGCCAGCCCACAGGAGGGAAAGCCAGGCUCACAGAAGACUGUUCAUUUAGAAGAAAGCAACACUAAUCAUCUAUACAAGUUCCUGAAUUUGUGUUUUUCACAGAAAGCCUUAUCAACUUCAGUUACUCUACCAAGACAAUGUAAUUAUUGUUUGAUUUUAUAAAGUUUACAGCAAUGAUCUCCUA